AUGGCCACCGAUGCCACCCGUCAUCCAGUCGGGGCAGGCCUGCGGGUCAUGCUGAUCCUGCUGGCGUGUCUAGCCACCGUGGCUACAUCGACAUCAAGCCCUGACAUGCCCGAUCUGCCACAAGUUUCUGCUGUUGAUCACCAUCUGCUUCGUCAAAUGCUUGGAGACGCCAUCACUCCCACAGCCUUCUUGCAACACUACUAUCGACAAGACUUGCUCCACAUUCCAGCCAUCGCCACCAAGAAAAGUGCAGAUUUGUGGGCCUCUGAUUCUUGGUUUGAAGACUUGAAACAUGUCGACGCCCUCCUCGCUGAAACCCUUGUCCAAUUUCACGAUGACGACAACGUCUUUGUCCUUCGUAACAACAAGGCCCGCUCUCAAACCAUCAACACCACCGAUUGGAGCGUGCAGGGUCCCCGCUUCUAUGCCGAAGGACAGUCCGCCGUCAUCCGCCGCGAAUUUCAAGAUGUGCCCCAAUCUCCCUUUGAGCACAUGCUUCUCGACGUCUUUGGCGCUUCUGAAGUCACAGCACACGCCUACAUCUCCGCUCCACAUGCCUUGGCCCUGCCUCCCCACACGGAUCAGUAUGAUGUUGUGGUGGUGCAAGUCUUUGGCCACAAGGAGUGGACCAUCUGCACUGGCACCAACGACAGCUCCGCCGACUGGCCCGAAGCGACACCCGCCCAGCUUGCUCAAAUCUACGAACUGGAGAUUAGCAACCCCGAAGGCUGCCGCAAUUGGGCCAUCAAGGACCUCGAACGGAUGCACUGUCGUCAGUUGACUUUGCGCGAGAAUGAUAUUCUCUACCUUCCCAAGGCCUUGAUUCACUUUGCUACCACCAACGACAACAUCACCUCUGCGCAUGUGACCUAUUCCAUCGAUCGCGAUGAGGCCAGCUGGCGUGAUGUCAUUGAGACGGCUUGUUGGCAAUCACAACAUCCGCUCUGCGCAGUCGUCAGUCAGGUCCUGGCUGGUCUCGAUCACUCGGCUCUUGGCCUCCCCUGGAUUCAACUCGCCCAUGAACCCAUGGGUGGCUUGGAGACCAGCUGUGCCACUGCCAACGAUCUUGUGCGCUCCUACCACCCCUAUUCCUUGCGCUCGCUGAUGAAGGCCCAAACCUUUAGCGCCCUGCCCGCAUACGUCACCCCCCAUGACAUGAACAUGUUCUUGGCUCGCUUGGCCGACUGUAACGCCACGAUGGGGGUGGAUGAAAAGGGUCACCCAGUCUCCAUGACCCAGCUCAUCAUCAAUCGCAAAGCCCUCGAUUUGCUCCAUCCCACUCCUUCGCGAAACCGCCGUGAUGUUGCCUGGACGGCCCCCUGCAAUAGUAAAGGUGGCGUGUGCACUGGCUGCAACGGACGUUCUUGCGACGAUAGUUGCAAUUCUGGCGAGACAUGUGACAACUAUGGAUGCGAUAGCAGCUGUAACAGUGGUGAUGAUUCGUGUGACAACUCCUGCGAUGGGACUUGCAACACUUGCACGGGUGGCUGUGACACAUAUGCGUGCAACACCGCUGCAUGCGCGGCUGGCUACUACAAAUUCACCAAUGAUAUCACCAACCAAGGCUGUCAAGUAUGUCAAACCGGAAAAUACCAAGAGGCCACGCACAACAGUUGGUCGUGCAAGAACUGCGCAGCCGGAACAUAUGCCAGUACAACUGGUCGAACAUCAUGCACUGCAUGCCCAGGGGGCCAGUUCCAAACGGCAACAGGACAGAGCUCAUGCAAGUCUUGCUCGUCAUACGGCACCGUCUGCGACUCGGGCCAGUAUCAGGGUGGAUGCACCGGUAGCACGCCCGGCAGCUGCUACACUUGCUCUUCCGGUACCUACCAAAACGCCAACUCCCAUCGUGCCGCUUCCUGCAAAACAUGUGCUGCCUGUGGCAUUGGCAAGUACUACGGUUGCACAAUCACCGCCGGCACCACUUGCUCGGUAUGUUGA